UUAUAGUAUUGAGCAUUAUGACAAUAAUACACGGCGAAAUGAAGAUGGUCGUUAUGUGGUUACUUUACCAUUUCGUGAUAAUAUUGAAGAUUUGGGUAAUUCACGAAGAAAUGCUUUAGCACAAUUAUUGCAUCAGGAACGGCGUCUCGAAAGAGAUGCAAAGUUAAAACAAAUGUAUGAUGAGUUCAUCAAUGAAUAUAUUAAUAUGGGUCAUAUGGUGGAAUGUGAAGAUUCGGACAUUCAAAGUGGUUAUUAUCUGCCACAUCAUGCAGUGUUCAAGGAUAGUACAACAACUAAACUAAGAGUGGUGUUUGAUGCCAGCAGGAAAACGUCUUCGGGAUUGUCGUUAAAUGAUUGUAUGAUGGCGGGUCCAAGAAUUCAAGAUGAAUUAUAUAACAUAAUGUUGAGAUUUCGUUCGUAUGAAAUCGCUUUCACUGCGGAUGUAGCAAAAAUGUAUCGUCAAAUUUUGGUUGCAGAGGAACAACAAAACUAUCAAAGAAUUUUAUGGAGAAAAAACAAAAGUGAAAAUAUAAAAGAAUAUAAAUUAACGACUGUGACUUAUGGAACAAGUUCAGCACCUUUUGUUGCAGUAAAUACACUUAUAGCUAUUGGAAAACAAUGGCAGGACAAAUUGCCAGAAGCGGCUCAGAUUAUUCAGAGAGAUUUUUAUAUGGAUGACUGUAUGAGCUGUUGUGAAACCUUGGAUCAAGCAAUUCGUUUGCAAAAAGAUGUAACGCAAAUUCUUGCAGAAGCUGGUUUACCAUUAAGAAAAUGGAGUUCAAAUAAUAUGGAUUUAAUAAACGCAAUUCCUUUGGAUCAACGAGAAGGUGCUCAAACAGAUGGAGAAGCUUCAAUUUCAACUUUGGGCUUAAGAUGGUUUAACUUAAAGGAUGAAUUCGGUUUCAAAAUGAAUCCAUUUAAGGAUGUAAAAACAGUAACAAAAAGAAUCGUUUUAUCAGAAAUAACAAAAAUGUAUGAUCCAUUGGGUUUAUUAGCACCAUUUACAGUAUUAUGUAAAAUAUUAAUGCAAAAAUUAUGGGUUGCGAAUCUGGAUUGGGAUAGUGAGAUUCCAAAAGAAAUUGCGGCAGAAUGGGAAAGUUACAAAGAAGAAAUACCAAUUUUAUUGCAGUAUCGUUUGAAACGAUGGAUCGAAUAUAAAGCUGGAGCUCA